GGCGCUGAUUGGGCCAGGGUCGCGGCCAGCCUGCUGCGACGCAGACACGUGGGGCCCUGGGAGAAGCAGCUUUUACAGAAACAAAUAGAAACCGAGCUUUUUUGGAGGAGAAAGCCUCCCUCACCGAUCUCUCUGCUUAAAGAACCUAAACGCAGUUGGCCAGGAGAGUUUAGCAGGAUGAAGUUAAAUCUUUCCAAGGUGGUCAACAGAUGCCGUCUUGGGAAACUGACUAAUCUCGGCAAGAAAGGGGCUCAAGUUCUGGAGUUUCCAGGCUGCCUGCUGUAUACCAAGACAGGAUCCCCACCACAUCUCACGCAUGACACGCUGCAGGUGAUCAAAGGGGUUCCCACUGUUGCACAGAUCACACUUUCAACCCUUGUGGAACUUCAUGAGGUCUUGGAGGAGUACAAGGAAGGAAUUGGGAAAUUUAUAGGUAUGCCAGAUUCAGUGCUGUACUGCUCAGUUCAAGACCCUGCCACCUCCUGUCCAUCUGGCUACAAUACCAACAAGACCGUGUCCAUAUGGGGAUGUGGUGGGCGGAUGGAAAUGACAGCUUCCAAGUUCAUGAGCAUGCAGCAAGCUCUUCAGCCCAACUGGUUCCAGUGCCUUUCAGAUGGAGACACUGCUUCUGGUGAAACCAGCAGGAAGAGAGCUAAGAAGUCUGUGGACCGAUCACUUUCCUUUCUGGACAAGUGCCUUCAGCUGCUAGAGAAAUCACCGGAGCUGCAGGAGAGCGUGCUGAUUGGUGCAAUCGAAGGUGGAGACGUUCUGGAGGAGAGGCUCAGGUCAGCCAGGGAGACUGCAAAGCGUGCUGUGGGUGGAUUCCUGCUGGAUGGCUUCCAGGGCCAUGCUAUGGCCAAAGAGACCAAGCUGAGAUUGAUGGACGCGGUCACAGCAGAGCUACCGGAGGACAAACCAAGACUCAUCCAUGGUAUUGGCAAACCUGAUGAGGUACUAGAGUGCAUUGAAAGAGGAGUGGACAUCUUUGAGAGCGCUUUCCCCUACCAGGUGACAGAGCGGGGCUGUGCCCUGUCCUUCAGCUAUGACUACCAACCUGACCCAGAAGCAGCAGUGUUGAAACAAAAUUGGACCGAGGAUACUGGGGGAAAUGGCAGCAAAAAAGACAAGGGUGAAACCUCCAAAGCUGAUUUGGAAAUGACAUCGUUUGAGAUAUUUUUGAAGGACAAAAGAUACCAGGAUGAUUUUGGUCCCCUUGUGCAAGGCUGCUCCUGUUACUGCUGUCAGAACCACAAUCGAGCCUAUGUCCAUCACCUCCUGGUGACCAAUGAGCUACUUGCUGGUGUCCUGCUCAUGAUGCACAACUUCCAGCAUUACUUCAGCUUCUUUGGCGCUAUCCGGGAUGCACUGAGAGAUGAGAGACUCGAUCAGCUGAAGAAAGUAAUCUCCAAGCAGGCACUUGUCACAGGAUUGCUAAGGACCAGAAACGAAUGACCCUCCAUUGUACACUUCAUCUGAAAGUGGGCUCUUCUAGCAGCAUAGGGCUGCUUCUAUGAUGCUGUUUUGGAAACAGCGUGAUGCAGGCUGUGCAAGAUGAAGGGCAGAUAUGAUUAGAGACAGAUUAGCUCCUGUAGAAUACAGUCUUCUUUCUCCAAACCGCUUAGAUGGAAAAAACAGCAGAAGAAUUGUCUGAGUGCACACGCUAAAGUUGUGCAAAAGGAGUAGAAGUUGUGUUGAAUAUUUUUUUACUGUUUGUGCAUUUGGGUAAAUGUUAGUCACAUCCAAGCUGCAUCUCUAAUAGAGUUGCUCACACAUGUUAGGGAGAUGAGGCAGCUUAUCAAAAUCUGCAUCAGCCAUUUCCAAUCUAUCUAUGCCAGUCUUCUUCAUCUAACUGCUGAGAAUUAUUUUUUCAGUUAAGGUUUUGUGGCGCAUGGUAUUAAAUGUUUGUUAAAAUGCAAAUGAUUAAGAUCUUACAAUAAAAUAUUCAUAUGUCUUG